AUGACUUCUUACCAGCGAAGAGACAAUGCGGAUGGUCCUGCGCAGGUCCCACACUUUUUCAAGAUUAUUAUGCCUGAAAGUCUUGAAGAAGGAAAGCUUUGGAUUCCAAAGAAGUUUAUAAGCAAAUAUGGAGUUGAUUUGUCAGAUAUGGCCUUUCUUACGAUUCCAAAUGGUAGAAAAUGGAAAGUGAAGUUGACAAAACGUGAUGGAGAGGUUUGGUUUGAAAAUGGGUGGUGCGAAUUUGUAAGCUGUCAUGCUCUAACCAUGGGGCACUUGGUAGUUUUCAGAUAUGAAGGAAAUUCAGCAUUUUCUGUACUCGUAUUUGAUGCCACUGCAACAAAAAUAGAGUAUCCUUUAGAUGACGAACCACAAGUUCAUAGGAUGGAAGACGAUGAGAGUGAUGAUAACUCCAUUGAAAUCAUGGAUGCCUUUAUGCCAAGCCCUCUACCUCAUAAAAGGGCAAAAACCAAUCCAAAGCAAGCAAGGGAUACACAUUUCAGACCUGAAGGAUCGAAAUCUAAAGGGUCAAUGUUAGAGAAAUCAAAAAUGGUGUUUGGGGUAUCUUUUACUAGGGGAGAGGGUUCAGGAUCAGCUCAUGGGGUUGGAGGAAAUCGAGUAGGAUGCACAAACGGCCCGUUAGUUAAACUUGAAUCUGAUUGCUCACUCGAUGAUGUGUCUUUCUCAAAUGACCAAUGUCCUAAGAAAGAUGGUGGUGUAGCUGAAAAUCUUAGCUUACCCCAUGGCAUUAUCAACUACUUACCGAGAGAAGGCUUUAGCAAGGACUACACCAAAGGAACUAUUGUACCUGUGAAGCUCCGAGUUGUGGACCGAUUAUGGCCUGUCAAGUUAUACAUUUAUGAAGGAAAAUACUCAUCAUGUGUCGUAUCUACUGGUUGGUCUACAUUUGUGAGGGAAAAUGGAUUGCAAAUAAUCUGA